AUUACUCCAUUAUUAGUCAUUAACAUCGUCCCCUACCCUUCAUCAUUUCGUUCAUCCCUUCUCAACACACACACCUCUCUCUCUCUCUCUCUCUCUCUCUCUCUCUCUCUCUCUCUCUCAUCGGAGAAAUAUGAGUUCUGUUUGCAUAUCAAAUUCGGUUGAUGAUGCGAGAAUCCCGAUCAGAGCCACCUACAAAAACCUCUACAGGUGGCCGGAAUCCGACGCCGAGUUCAUGAAGAAGACAAUGGCAGGAUCUAGUCAGCACCGUCGAGAUGGGCCAGGAAUCGUCGAUAGCAUCUCAUGUAGGCAGUUAUAUCUCAGGAGUUAUACUUUCUCGAAAAAGGAGACUGCCGGAAGAACCAAAAAGUGCUUGGAUCGGGUGAGGCAGAAAGUGGUGGCGCAUCAGCGGAAUAAGAGGAAAGGAGCGGAAGUAGGCCGGGGAAGGCGACGGUGCAUGGUGGUGAUGAGGAGAGUGAAGGCCGUCUCGCGCAACGCUGUGUCUGCGGUUUUCAAGAGGCUGUUGUUAUUUUGCACUGUUGAUAGUAGAAUCCGUUAAGAGAAUUAUUUUGUGAGUGAACAUAAAACAUUACUUUUUAAAUUGUAUUUAGAGAUUGACUUCUAAAUUAGUAUUUGAUUUGAUUUGAGUAAAAUGAAAAUUAAGAAAAUUUAAUGAAAUAAACCAAUGUUAAUUAAAGAUCA